AUGUCGUGGGAAAUGCAAUUAAAUGAAAGUUUAUUAGAAGAAUUAUAUGAAUGGAUUGAUAGUCUUCCAUUAUCAAGACCUAAACAAAUAAUUGAACGAGAUUUUUCUGAUGGUAUAUUAAUUGCUGAAAUAAUUCAUUAUUAUUUACCAGAAUUAAUUGAUUUAAAUAAUUAUAAUUCAGCUAAUUCAUUAGAACACAAAAUAUUAAAUUGGAAAAAAUUAAAUAAAAAAUUUUUAUCAAAUUUUGGUCUUGAUUUAUCCGAUGUUAUUAUAAAUGGUCUUUCAAAUGGUAAACCAGGUCUUAUUGAAGUUCUUAUUUUUAAUUUAAGAUUAAAAAUAGAUGAAAAAUUAGAAUUAAAUAAUAAAAAUCUUCAACAAACAUAUAAAACAUCAAAUCAAACAUCAAAACAUAUAAAUAAGAAUAAAAAUAUUUCAAAUCUUAAUUAUGAAGAAAUAAAACAAGAAUAUCUUCAACAACAAGAACAAAUUGAAAUUCUUCAAGCAAAAUUUCGUCGACUUCAACAUGUUCUUCAAUUAAAAGAUAUGAGAAUUAACGAAUUAUUAAAAAUUCUUCAACAUGAUUAA